UAUCAUUGAAAUAGAAAGCAAAACACGGAAAAAGAAAAUGAAGAAACCGAAGGACAAGGGGAUGGCUGUCUCUGUGCUAACGUCAAACCUCGAGAUCGACACCGGUACCGGCACCAGCACCAGCACCAGCACCAGCACCGCCGAUGAAACAAUCACCGCUGCCGGUAACUCUUCUCAAUCUAAUGACAAUCUCAAAGAUUGGUCAUCUUUGCCGGUUGCCAGAUUGCCCUCGCGUAACACCUCCUCCAAGUACGAUUUUGUCAAGGUGAAGGUGUGGUUGGGAGAUAACGCGGAUCACUAUUAUGUCUUGUCGCGGUUUUUGCUCAGCAGGAUGUUGACAGUAACCAAGAUUCCAAAUCAUGUUGCUAUUAAAAUUGCAUUGGAACUCAAGAAGCUGCUCGUAGAUAAUAGCCUUUUAGAUGUCUCACAAUCUGAUUUGGAAGCUAAUAUCUUCAAGCUCAUGGAACGGCGUGGUUAUGGGGAAGAGUACAUAAAUCGGUAUAAAAUGAUGACGAGAUUUCACCAUCAAAGGGUCCCUUUGGUGAUUCUUGUAUGUGGAACUGCCUGUGUUGGGAAGUCAACCAUUGCCACCCAACUUGCUCAAAGACUUAAUCUGCCAAAUGUCUUACAGACAGAAAUGGUGUAUGAAUUACUACGCACAUCAACAGAUGCUCCAUUGACAUCUACUCCUGUAUGGGCACGGGAUUUUAGCUCCCCAGAGGAGUUAAUUACUGAAUUCUGUAGAGAAUGCAGAAUUGUUCGUAAAGGUUUGGCUGGUGACUUAAAGAAAGCUAUGAAAGAUGGAAAGCCUAUAAUAAUCGAGGGAAUACAUUUGGAUCCCAGUAUAUAUUUGAUGGAUGAUGAAAGCAAGACACCAGCUAAUAUGCCAGCAAAAGAUAUUGAAAACAACCCUUUGUCAGCAACAUCAGAUAAUAACAGUGCAAAACAAAUGGAGAGUAGUUGUCCAGUUGUUCAUCAAAAUACAAAAGGGACUGGCACCAGCAUUAGGUGUUCUCCUUCAAAAGAAUGCAUGCACACCAAAGAAGAGAAUGAAGGGUUGGAUUCUCUGGAAUCUGUGGACGUAGCAGGAAAUAACUCUGGAAUUACAGAUGAAACUCCCAAUAAAGAGGAGACAAAUAGAUCUGGUUCUGUCAGGAAAGAUAAAUCUGGUGCUGAGCCAAUAAUCAUACCCAUAGUCUUAAAAAUGGCUGAAUUUGAUCACAAGGCAUUACUAGAGGAAUGGAUCUCCCCCCGCACAUUCAAUGACAAAUGUCCUGUACAGGAUAAGAAUAAGCUUAUAGCUAAUUUAAAGACCAUUCAGGGCUAUCUUUGCUCAUUCAAAUCACAGGGCUUGAUAGUGGUUAAUAUAUCAGCAACUACAUUUCCACAAACACUGGAUUGGCUGCAUGGAUAUAUUCUGCAGUGUAUUGAACAAGGCAUUUCACCUGUAUCAAAUGAAAACGCAACACAGUCUGUUGAACACUAAUUAAGAACAGAAGUUUUGUUCAUAACAGUAGUAGUAAGAUGUGAGCGCAUUGUAGCGGUAAACGUAACACGAAGCUGGCUUUUCUAACACUUUGUUCAGGUGGAAAAUUCGCACACGGCAUGAAUGGCAUGUCAGGGAGGUUCGAGCUUCUGUUCAAGUUUGGCCACAACAUUUACUCCUUUGGAAGUUGAAAUGUGCAACAGAGACGUGUUCGACUUAAAAUCGAACUUAUUAGGUGAGAUACGAAGUUUAUAAUUUCUAGAGAAGAGCUAUCCUGGUUUGAUCACCCAACAUUUGUGUAUUGUUCAAAAUGUUUUAAUGUGAGUGGCCAUGUGAAUUUGUUAUA